UUGCAGAGAAGAGGCAGUUCAUCAUUCAAUCAACUUCACUCUACCAGCUCUACAACCAAAGAAUGUCAAAUCUCAACAAACUUGACUUUGUCGCUUUGGAAGUUUCCGGAAGGAACUAUCUCAAGUGGACCCAAGAUGUCAAGCUUCAUCUGACUGCAAAUAAGAUGAGAUCAACGAUUAUUGCUGACAACAUCACCCCUGAAGACAUGAAGGCAAGGGCUAUGAUUUUCAUCAGGAAACAUAUGGAAGAAGCACUCAAGGUGGAAUAUUUAGCUGAAGAAGACCCACGAUCUCUUUGGGUCGCUCUAGAAGAGCGAUUCAACCACCAAAGGGCCAUCUACUUGCCGGAAGCAAGGCACGAUUGGCAGAACAUACGUUUCCAAGAUUUCAAGACUGUCAAUGAGUAUAACUCUGAAAUCUGCCGGAUUCGGUCACUCCUAAAAUUCUGUGGAGAAGAGCUCACAGAAGCCGACCUACUGGAGAAAACUUUCUCCACCUUCCCACCUUCCUGUAUGGUCCUGCAGCAACAAUACAGGGAAAGAAACUUUGCUAGAUUCUCCGAAUUAAUCACCAUCAUGUUGCUCGCUGAAAAGAACAACAACCUACUUCUGAGGAAUGAUCAAGCAAGGCCCACCGGUACUAGAGCAAUUCCUUUGCCUGAAGCAAAUACUAUUGCCCAUCACGAAAAUAAUCGUGGAAGGAGGAACCGGGGCCGUGGAAGGGGAAGAAGGUCUGAACGUCCAAGGCAUGGAAGGAGAAAUGGGCCCAGAAAUGGCCCAUAUGAUCGUGACCACCCAGGCAAUGGCCCAAGGGGUCGAGGAGGACGUGGACAAGGCCCACGUGGUGGAAACCGAAAUGGCCAAGUCCGACAAGCUCAAAUUAGAGAGAACCCUGGUCCGGCCCGUCGCCCUCAAAAUCAGCAUAAUCUAUGUUAUAGAUGUGGAGGCACUGACCAUUGGUCCCGCACCUGUCGUGCAACAGAUGAAGAGAUAGGAGAGUAUCACGCCAGAUGA